ACCCCCAGCUCUCGCCAGUCUCUAGUCAUACAGCGGAAGACGAGGGUGCACGCUCUCCGUAUUCUCCUGUCUCUCGGUUAUAUUUACGGGAGGAUCGUGUAGAUUCAGGUCUUUAUAGUAUGGAAUUGUGCAGAUGAUUUAACCAGUGAACAUAUCAUCAAGACAAUAGCUAGAGCAGUGUCCGGAAGUGAAUUAUAUCAAAGAAAGAAUUAUCUGUGAAAGUGUAUACACAGCACGGCUGUCUGAGUGUCGUGUUAGAAGGCUGAAUGGUCGACACUUUUUGUGGUCGUUAGUAACCACUGUGAUGCCUGCCUUAUGUAUUGAAGAGUACGCUGUUGAACCCACUGUCACUUGUUACACAGCGGGCCCAAUAUUCAAGAAAAUGAAGGUCCUCAAAAAAUUCAAGAGACGCAUGGGCCUUGCUGGUCGUGGUUCAUCAUCUUCUAAUCAGCCUCCCUUGACGUUCCAUCCAGUAUGUGGCGACAACGUCCGCAUCAGCAACGAUGGCAAAGUAGCCCGCCGUGCUGAAAGCUUCUGCAAAGGAAUUGCCUUCUCAGCACGUCCUAUCAAAGUUGGUGAACGGGUGUGCCUUCGUCUCCUAGAAGUAUCCACAAACUGGUCAGGAGUUAUCCGCUUUGGAUUCACAUCUCAGGAUCCUGCUGGACUGCGUGAUGCUCUACCAAAGUAUGCAUGUCCAGACCUCACCAAUAAACCUGGCUACUGGGCUAAAGCUUUAAGUGAAAGAUUUGCUGAACAGGGUAGCAUCCUCUUCUAUUAUGUUGAUUCAACUGGUGAUGUACAUUUUGGCAUUAAUGGAGAAGAGCGGGGUGUAUUCUUUGGGGGAGUGGAUACACGCUCUCAGCUUUGGGGUCUUUUUGAUGUGUAUGGUAACAGCACUGCAGUUGAAUUUGUGGAUCCUCUAGCACAGCUCAAUAACCGUGUACGCAUUGUUAAUGAUCUCAGCCCUGGUUCAUCAACAUCCAACUCCAGAGUCCUACCACAGGCUCAAUCAUCUUCCUCACAGCAGGGUCAGUCGCUGCAGCAACAAUCCCAACAGCCUCUACCACAACAGCAACGCCUGGAUUCAGGCGUCGAGAGAUUACAACCGUCCAUGGCACAGCUGGCACUUACUCCUCGCUCCCCAGAUGCACUACCCCUACGGCACCAUGCUCAUACUGCAUUUGCGCCAUUGCCCUUUCAUCGUGUCCGUGGUCGCAAUGUACGUAUGAACAAUGACCGCACAGUGGCUGCACGCACUGAAACUGAAUAUUCACAUGGUUAUGUAUUUACAGCAAGACCUUUACGCCCUGGUGAGAAAUUGGUUGUGCAGAUUCUUCAAACUGAAGCCAUGUAUGUUGGUGCCCUUGCUUUUGGUUUAACAGCAGCAAACCCAGCUGGCCUUGAGUCUGCUGAUCUUCCAGAAGACUGUGAUCUGCUGCUAGAUCGGCCUGAAUACUGGGUUGUAAGCAAGGAUGUGGCUGCUUCACCUCAAGCUGGUGAUGAAUUAGCCUUUUCUUUGACCCAUCAUGGUGAAGUUACCUUCUCCCGCAAUGGUGCAAGCCCACAGAUAUUUAUGCAUGUGGACCACACACUGCAGCUAUGGGCAUUCUUCGAUGUGUAUGGUAAUACUGCAAAGAUACGCAGCCUAGGGGUAACCCCUGACCCCACAUCGCAAUCUUAUUCACAACAGAAUGCCUCCAACUCCCCUCCUCGCCGGCCAGAACCAGUUGGACGUGUCUCUCACUCACAGUUGCCUCGUGCUUCACCUCUUGUUGUGAGUUUACCACCCAGUCCACCAUCCCCGCCUACAUCUCAUGGUCAUUCAACACCAGUACCCCCUGUACCAAAUCCUCGCACAGACACUUUAAGUGGACACAGCACUAUGUCUUCUGUGUACAGUGGAGCAUAUAUGGAGCCAGUUUCAGCUACUUCUACCCUGUCAUCACUAGGAGAUCUUCCGAGUGGUCAAGCCUUGCAUGAGUGCACAGUGUGCUAUGAGAAACCAGUGGAUUCUGUUUUGUAUAUGUGUGGUCAUAUGUGCAUGUGUUAUGAGUGUGCAUUGCAGCAGUGGCGUGGUCGGGGAGGUGGUCAGUGCCCUAUCUGUCGUGCAGUUAUCCGUGAUGUAAUCCGUACAUAUCGGUCAUGACGGGGCCCUGAUGAACUGUCGUCCCCAAUACCCUGCUCACCACCGCCUGUGGAUCACUCGUUUACGAACUGGUGUGUAGAAGGCCCGUGAUACCUGCUCAUAUACCAAAGUUGGUUUUAAAGUGUUUAGCCUGGUGCCGGCCAGGGCUACAUGUCUAGUCUCUGCCCUGCCACGCAUACCUUGGUAUGUGCUGCGCCUGUGUAUUUGUGUCUGUAUGUUUAUUUAAUGUGGCGUGGGAAUACCUGAGAUGCCCAAAUCUCAGUUCUAAGUCAGCUAAUUGUGCUAUUUUGUAUAUAAAAGUGUGUAGACCUAUGUCCUGGGGUACAGUCAGUAAUCCCAGCCUCAGGCCAACUGUAUAUAGCCUAAAAGUAAGUUAUGGGCCCUCUGGCCUGUUAUUUGUAAACCCUGUCAUUGUUUUUAUACUUGAAAACAUAUGAAUAAAUGGUUUUAUAUUCCUGCUUCCCAUAUUCAUUAGGAUGCAAAAUCAUAUCAGUCAUAUCAUCAUCAGAGAAAAAAAUAAAAGGUAAUUCUA